UUUCUAUAUAACCAGUAACUAACCCCGCCAACACUCUUCGUCUUUCACAUUUCAUCCGCAACCUAACCUUUCUUAUUUCUCAUCUUCAAGAAAGAAACAACCAUGUCUCCAGAAUUUCAUCUUCUUCUUUUCCCUGACCUUGUUUACUUUCAUCCAUUCACUCUCACUUUCCAAACUGCACUUUGCUUCUUUCUCUUUGUUCUUGCUUUCCUUUUCUGGCUUACACCAGGUGGGUUUGCUUGGGCUUUAUACAAUAAAGCUUCAUCUUCUGCCAAGUCUGUUAUUCCAGGCCCAUCUUUUUCUGGUUUGUUUGGUAUUCUCUCAGGUCAAACACCACACCGUGUUUUAGCCAAACUAGCCAAGAGUCACCGUGCUGAGUCGUUGAUGGCUUUUUCUGUUGGUUUAACCCGGUUCAUUAUUUCAAGUGAACCAGAAACUGCUAAAGAGAUUCUUUGCAGUUCUGCUUUUGGUGAUAGACCAGUGAAAGAAUCAGCUUACGAGCUUUUGUUUCAUAGGGCAAUGGGGUUUGCUCCGUAUGGAGAGUACUGGAGGAAUUUGAGGAGGAUUUCUUCAACCCAUUUGUUUUGUCCUAGGAGGAUUAAUGGGUUUGAAGGUUUUAGGAGUGAGGUUGGUUUGAAAAUGGUGGAGAGGAUUAAGUUUUUGAUGGGUGAUAUGGGUAGUGUUGAGGUGAAAAAAGUUCUUCAUUUUGGUUCACUUAAUAAUGUGAUGAUGACUGUGUUUGGAAAAUGUUAUGAUUUCUUUGAUGGUGAUGGUGUUGAGCUUGAGGAGUUGGUGAGUGAAGGGUAUGAGCUGUUGGGUGUUUUUAACUGGAGUGAUCAUUUUCCUCUUCUGGGUUGGUUGGAUUUGCAGGGUGUUAAGAAAAGGUGUAGAGCUUUGGUGACAAAGGUUAAUACUUUUGUUGGAAAGAUAAUAGAGGAGCAUAAGAUGAAGAGAAUGUCUGAAGGAAGGGCUAUAGUUGGUGAUUUUGUUGACGUUUUGCUUGAUUUGGAGGAAAAAGACAAGCUCAGUGAUUCUGAUAUGAUUGCAGUUCUUUGGGAAAUGAUUUUCAGAGGAACAGACACAGUAGCAAUAUUACUAGAAUGGAUUCUGGCUAGGAUGGUGCUUCAUCCAGAGAUACAAGCAAAAGCACAAGAAGAAAUUUACCGUGUUGUUGGAAAUUCCAAAGUUAUCACUGAUGCUGAUGUUCAAAAAAUGUGUUACUUACAGUGCAUUGUGAAGGAAGCAUUAAGAGUGCAUCCACCAGGACCACUUUUAUCAUGGGCACGUUUAGCUGUUCAUGAUGUUAUGGUUGGUGACAAGCAUAUUCCGAAAGGUACAACUGCUAUGGUGAAUAUGUGGGCCAUAACACAUGAUGAGAAGGUGUGGAAUGAACCAGAAGAGUUUAAGCCAGAGAGGUUUAUGAAUGAGGAUGUGAGUAUAAUGGGAUCUGAUUUGAGGUUAGCACCAUUUGGAGCUGGUAGGAGGGUUUGUCCUGGAAAAGCUAUGGGUUUGGCUUCUGUUCAUCUUUGGUUUGCUCAGUUGCUUCACAACUUCAAAUGGGUUUCAUGUGAUGAUUCACUUGUUGAUUUGGAUGAAUGUCUUAAGCUUUCUAUGGAGAUGAAAAAACCACUUGUGUGCAAGGUUGUUCCAAUUCCAAGGACCUAGGGCUAAGCUAAUGUUAGUGUUUGAAUUUGCCAAACUUUUGUGAGAAAGUUGAUCAUGGAUCAUGUGGGGUUUGGUUUAUUUGCUUUGUUUGGCAAAAGGGUAUUGCUAAGUAGGGUUAUGAUUUCAUAGGGUUUUUUCUAUUUAGAAUCUAAUUUUAAAUGCAAUUCAUGUUUUGUUGUUGACCGUUUAGGUUUAUCAGUGAAGUGGGUGUUGGGAGUUUUAAUUUACUUUGAACCGUUGCUAAUUAAGUAGUAGAUGUUUGGUUUUGGUCCAAUGUCUUCUUUCUCUAUAUGCUGUAAAUGGGUGCUUUUAAUUUCUAAUGAUAAUCAUGUCAUCUUUCCUUCUUA